GUCGCGAGCUGCUCGUACAACAAUAGCGAAGCGGAAGCGAUAGCUGCUGUGAGCCUUUUAAAAACGCCACCAAUGUGAUGAGUGGUCGAGGGUUUUGUCCUCUCAGGUGAUAUGACAGAAAUCCAGCGCCAUGUCUGUGGACGGCGUCCGGACGUCUGUGUUCACCUUCCAGUCGGCUGUGCACAGUGUGCACGUGCUGCGCUCGCUGGACCAGCAGAGGCAGAAGGACAUCUUCUGUGAUGUGACUGUUGAAGUGGAGAGCAGAAGCUUUCGGGCUCACUCCUCUGUGCUUGCUUGUUGCAGCGACUAUUUCUACACCAGGCUCCUCAGCCACACGGGAUGGAACCUUAUCAUCACGCUUCCUGAUGAGGUCACCGUAGAAGGGUUUGUACCUUUGCUGCAGUUUGCCUACACUGCAAAGCUUCACUUCACCAAAGAGAACAUUCUAGAGAUUCACAGAUGCGCCGACCUCUUGGGAUUUCACAACCUCGAGAAAGGCUGCUUCGACUUCCUCGUUCCCAAGUUCUUCAAUGGCAGCGAAACCAACCAGGAAGCCAAAAAGAGGAACAAGACCAGCACGCACAGCAAGACCUGCCAUGAUCUACAGCAGGCUGUGUCCCCCGAGCGUCGCCCCACUGCUGAAGCAGACGCUGGGCCCCAGGCUCGCGUGGCCGCCGUGGAGCUGAGGGACCCAGCCAUGCCUGGUGUGCAGAGCCCUGGAGAACGUCCCCCUUCUUCCUCUGAUGAGGACCUGCACUUAGAUUCACCUCUAGUUACUUUCCCGGUACCUGCAGGUCAGAACAGAGCUCAGCUGUGUUUACAGAACUGUGGGCCGCAGCUGUUGCUCUCGUCUUCGGUGGCCAGCGCUGAGAUUUGUCCCUUUCUUUCAAUGCCACGUGCUGGUGGAAGCGAAGACGUUCAUCCUGCCGGAGACGGCUGCGACGGCGACGUUUUGCAGACGGGGGAGACGUUGGCGAACGGGCUAACGGUGGAUGAUGGUGAUUCCCCUUCCAGAACGUCUGCCGGUGAAGAUCUAAACGUGGCUCCGAUGGUCAAGGAGCAGUUUGACCAGCCUUUAAGGGCUCUGCAGACAUCCUUAUGUCCUCUCAGCUCCACAGAAGCAAAUGAGGUUCUGGACAGCAUUGCGUCAGUGAGUAACCUCGAGGGCACUGGCACAGAGGGCAUGCCGGCCUUCCCCUCCCCUGAGCAAAUAUUCCCUGAUCCAGCACACAGUGAGGGGUGUGCGCAGAGGAGUACAGUGGAGAGAGAAGUGGCUGAGCAUCUGGCCAAGGGCUUUUGGCCAGAGUUGAGCUCCUCUCUGACGGAGUCGCUGGAGUCUGUGGACCAGGCAGCCGUGGGAAAUGCAUCCGAUUUUCACUGGCUGAAGCAUCUGGACUUGGGGGCGGCGCCUGAUGACUGCCCCUUCCUGAGAGACCUGAGCUCCAACGAGGGCCACGCCUCUCAGACCGACGCCGAGUCCAAACUAGAGAGUGGAGAAGGCUCCUGCGUGUCUACCAUAAACUCGGGCGAGAAUUCGGAGUGCGACACAGAGGGAGACGGCGUGGGCGGCACCGUGCCGGAGUGCGAGGCAGACCUGCCCGUCCCAGCAGAGCAGAUCUCGAGCAUGAGCAGACGAGCCUUCCUGCGCAUGCUCAGGGAGCAGCGUCUCAGCCCCGAGCAGCUGGAGCUUGUGCAGGACGUCCGGAGACGCAGCAAAAACCGCAUGGCCGCUCAGCGCUGUCGCAAGAGGAAGCUCGACUGCAUCUACCGCCUCGAGGGAGACAUCAAGAAGCUGAGAACUCAUAAGGAGAAGUUGCUUCAUGAACGUCGUCAGCUGAGGCGGAGUAUGGAGGACACGCGUCAGUCUCUCUCGCGCCUGUGCCAGAGCGUGUGCACAGAGGCCUCGGCACCGCCAGAGCAGCUUCGCCUCUUACCCAGGUACCUCUCCUCAGACUGCUCCGCCCCUGUGAUCCUCACCUGCGUGACCUCCUCCAGCCGUGACCCCGUCCUCCACGCCCGCCCGGAGCCCUGUCCCCCUGACCCCGGAGGGAACGGGGCAGGGGUUACACCAGCUGGUACACAGAACAAUGUCACGGACUCUCAUGUUACAUGAUCUAAAAGGCAGGUCCAUCUGGAAGCACAGGAACACGAGUGGGAUGGUCAACGGUUGAAACAGACUUCUAGUACAAAUCUGCCAUAUGUACCCACAGUAUAAUCAUUUGCAUAUCAUUUGGUUUUCUCAUUUUCAAUACCGGGGUUUGAUCUGAGAAGCGAUGCUGGCUGUCUGUGUGGGAUUCUUCAUAUGCUCGUUUACUUAUGUGCAGCUGUGGUCAGAGGACAAUACUCACUGCGCUGGCUUUGUCUCCUGAAGAAUUUAAUUGUACGAUUUUUAUCGCUGUAAUGUUGCGGUUAAACUAUUGCACUUAUUUCCUGUAAGACGUACCACAAAGCAAGCUUGAUGUUGUCAGCUCAGAUUCACUGAACCAAACAUUUCUAAUUCCUGGUUAGUCCUCUUCAUUUUCACAGAGGCAGAUAGUAGUUAGACGAAUUGACUCCGGCUCCAGUCUGGGCAUUUGCGCUUCCAUGGCCAGUCAGAUGUGUGCACUUGCUAAAUUCUUGACCUAAGCUUGCAUAUCAGUAAACGUGGGACAGACCGGCACUUGUAUAAGUGCUGUCAGGGACUCAAACCAUCGUCUUAUUAUGAUAUGGAUUAAUUUAUUUGGUACAUUUUCCUGCUAUUUGU